AUGGUUCGCACACCUCGGGUCCGCGCAACUGGCAGCAGGAUCGUAACCGUGGUUAACAACGGACCACCCAGGCGGCCUCGAGUCCGGAGGACACCGACCCAGCGCGAAGUUGAGGAGGAAGCUCGUUUCAACCGGAACGUCCGCGAUGGUCAGCGGCUGGGAGUCAUUCCAGAAGCUCCGACCCCUCAGGCUACACCAACCGAAGGGGCACGCAAUAGUACAUCCAACACGGUGGAUCCAGCUAACCACCCAAUACCUGACAACACCUACCAGGACCCGCAUUGGGAGAACGAGGACCCGAAUUGGGAAGACGAGGACCCUCUCUUAGCUCAUGCAAGCUAUCAUCGAAUGCGACAUUACGCUGAUCGUCGAGAGAUCAUAAACGCGCAAUGGACUCGACUGGAGACCCAAGUCACAUCUGCUUACUUGCAGUGUCAACGCAAAACCUCCAACUGGACGUGUCCUCCCCUAUCUUUUGAAUUACCGCCUGGGCUAUGUACCUGUCCUCCAAACGACAUCCAAGACCGACGGGUUGAUCUACUUGAUAUCCUUUUUCAACGUCCAAGCAUCUCCAUUUCCUUCUGCAAAUGCAUGCCUGAUGCAGUGAGAUUGAUACACUAUGGAUAUUUUGCCUCCUCUGCCGAUCGACCACGAACAGCUUUCUCCAUCCGACUAAUCCAAUUCCACCAUUUCUUGUGGCAAUCAUCUGUUGUAUCCUCUUCAGCUUUUGUGAAAGCUCUUGCUGCUUUUUUAGAACCUCGGAGCAAUCAAGCAAUGUUCACGCGUGGCAACAAACACCGAAAGCGAAACCUUCGCAUUCCUUUCACCUUCAGUGUUGACCUCUACUCCCGCAUCCUUGUACGCACAAAGAAGCUUCUCAAUGAUGGAUUACAGCUCUCCAAAGUUGAUAUGUGGGCCAACAAGUGCCCCCGAUGUUUUGGACCCAGCUUACAUGAGAACAAAUCUAAUCCACAUGAACCGGACGUGAUCAUUGCUAUGGAUGGCAAUUUUCAACAACGGCACUAUGCUCAUGCCAGUAAAGACAAUCCUAGCGAGGAUCAGUAUCCUCUAGAUUUUCUUCCACCAUCCUGGCUUAAUACUGAUGCUGCAGCAGUGGAAUCUACUGAGACUGCCGCUGUAGGAAUUGAUCCCCCAUGUUCCGACUCACAUAAAGCCGCCAAUGACACUCGAAGUGGAACAAGCUGGGAGAAGUGUGAUGAUAAUGGUUUAUUUGCAAGUGCAUGUCGACACGAUGCUCCUUUGCUCUUUGCCAACAUAUUCCAAACAGGUGAAAAGCUAUAUUAUCCUGUUUCAAUCAUCCGCAAUAUCAUUGUUGACUUCCCCGGACACAAAUUUGGUAUUCUUUACGACCUUGGGUGUCAUCUGGAGGCACAUGUCAGGAAGAGGGGCUUAUUAAAUGACCGGAUUGACGACCUGCUCUUUGGAACAUCGGUAUUCCAUGCAUUUGUACAUGAAUGGUCGUGUCAAGUGAAGUACAACCCUUGUUUGAACUCCUGGUGGGGAUUAUCAGAUGGCGAAGGGCUUGAGCGGCUCUGGUCUUUUUUGUCUCCUCUUGUAUCACCACUCCGUGUCUCAACUCGACUACAUCGGCUCAAUCGACUACAGGCCCGGGCUGAUUACUAUACUGAACAUCUCUUGGAACUUUCAGCCAAAUGGCUUUUUGAAAAAUUAGUUUAUGCUACAGAUGCAGUGAGGGCCUCCACGAUUGCGCUAAGUAAACUUCACACUAAACCCAAUACGUUUUUACCGGGCCAUAACUACUCCAACCAAUUCUUUGAGGAGCAAUGGCAGCUGGAGCAGCAAUAUCAUCGACGGACCAAUCUCAGUGUGAAGAAACAAAAGGUUGAACUUGGACGGCUUUUAUGCCUUGAAGAAGCCCUUGACACUGCAUGGAGGAACAUCACACUUACACCCGAACAAGCACUUGCUCGAGCCAGAACAUGUGCUACUCUCACACAGAAGAUUGCCAACCAGCGGGCAUUGAUUGGGGAAGAAGUUAUUACUGCUGUGAGUGGUAUUGAACAGAGUGGCAUUGAGACUGCAGAGGAACGAGACCUGUUAAUGAUGAUUUGGUACAACAAAUCUGAGCUCCGAAAGAAAUUCUUAGCUUUACUUGAGGAGAAGCAGCCAUUGGUACGAGUUCGUCGUGCAGGAGAAACAAGUUCUCUUGGGACCCGCGGCCAGCAAAAGCUCAUGGCCCUACUUCAGAAACACUCCGCCCAGCUACAGACCUUAUUGGAAUCUUACACAAAACAGGUUGAUAGAUAUGUUGCCACCUAUCCCUUAAGGCCAGCUCCACCCUAUAUAGGGUAUGAUGAUCUCUUGGAGUUACCAUCCGACCACCCAUUCUGGAAUGACGGCCUGUUUUCCGAGGCAAACGAUGCAUGGGCAAUUGACCAGACCACCCAGCAUGGCAUCCGCCACCUGGCCUGCUUGAAUCGAGGUAAUGAAGAGGUUCGACGGCUUGGAUGGGAAACCAGGAGGGCAAUGCGAUGGGCCAUUCAACACCACAAGCAACUCAAGAGCCACAUUAAACUUAUUUCCGGAAUUUCAGAAGACCAGCAAGAAUCGGUUGAAGACCUCCCUGAACCCCUCCGCCCCCUUGUAGGACAUGUAUACCUCCUGGAAAGUGAUAGCGUAUCCAUUCGGCUUCAACAAAUUCGAUUAAUCCUUCACUCAGCAUACAUCAAAAUCAUCAACUUGCAGCUUGCGUGGGACCCCCUGAUCCUUGAGAUCUUGCAGAAUACCUCUCCUCAGAAUGACGAUGGUGAGAUUGGGAGCACUUGGAAUCUCCAGAUAAGUCACAUCCAUUGGCUUCACCGCAUGGGCUUUUUCUCUGGUAUCCCUGGGGAUAUGUGUGAUGAAGUUCUAGCAGGAGAAGAAAUACUUGUCCCAGAUAUUCUGCAUCCUGACCCCUCAGACAAUGCCAGUGAUGAUGAAGAAGAGGAUGGCCAACAGGACUACCUUGAGCAAAUGGAGAAUGUCUUGUCUAACACCAUGUUCAGUGAUUUGAUUCCGGAUGGGGAUGGAUGA